AUGUUUUCCUUAUUAUUUAUCAACAAUAUUGAUGAUGUCAUCAUCUUAUCAAUAGAUUAAAAUAGUUUUUCAAAACUUAUAUCCUUGAUUAAGGUUAAUUUCAAAUAGAUAAAUUUAGUAAACUAAUAUUUGAUAACAUCAUAUUUGUGCAAUAAUGAAUAGAAUAUUUGUUUUUAAGUUUGA